AUCGUCUGCAUUCGGGCAGUGAGUGAGUGACGCGCGCUGUUUGCUCACCGUGUCCUCAUGUUGAGUCUGGUGUCGGGUCUCUCCGGCCGAUUAUUUAAUCGUUUUACGUCUCCGUCAUCGGUUCUGACCCACAUCAGUCGGUUUUAUAGGAAUAUGGAGAGAUGCGUGGUGCGGUGCGUGCCACACGAGUCCAAGCUGACCAUCUCCUUCAGUCUGGACGGCAGCAACAAACAAAUGCUAAGAGAACAGACGGAACCGCUGGAGAAAGUUCUGGCCAGAAUAUCCAACAGUAUCAUCAAAGCACAAAACAAAGAGAAGAAAUCCAAACGAAGUCGAGGUGACGCAGCUGAGAAACCAGAAAUCCGUCUGUGCGUCAAUGGAGAGCCGGUGGCUUUAGAAACCCUGAACUCAGACGCCUGGCAGGACGGAGCUGUGCUGCAUGUGGGAGAAAAUCAAUACAAGGUGGAGAGAAACCCACCGACAUUCACUGUAUCUGAGUUACCUUCAUCUCUCAUGGCUGGCUUUCCUGUCUGUCCUAAGAUGGAGGUCGAGUUUGGACACGUGAAGGACUGUGAGUUCAGAUGGUUCAAGGAGAGCUCACCAAACUCUCAGAUGUAUGGAGAUCAGGACCGAUGGAGGGAGGCAGGAGAUGAACGCGUAUUCACACCAUCAAAUCUAGACAUUGGGUUGAAAGUCAUGCUGAAGUGCACACCAGGGAACGGAUCCAGGUUUGGAGAACCCAAAGAGCUCGUGUCUGCAGGUAAAGUGGAGGCUGGUCCAGGCACGUGCACGUUUGAUAACAGACACAUGUACACCCAGAAGAUCACCGAUGAGUCUUCAGUGAGGGUUGUGUCUUAUAAUAUACUAGCUGACAUUUAUGCUCAAACAGACCUCUCCAAAACCGUCCUGUACCCUUACUGUGCUCCCUACGCACUGGAGAUUGACUACAGACAGAAUCUGAUCAAGAAGGAGCUCUCGGGUUAUAAUGCUGACAUCAUUUGCCUUCAGGAGGUCGAUAAAGGGAUUUUUACAGAUAGUUUGUGUCCUGCGCUUGAUGCUUUUGGGAUGGAUGGUGUUUUCAAGAUCAAGGAAAGACAGCACGAGGGUUUGGCGACGUUUUUCAGAAGGUCCAAGUUUAAAUGCCUCAGUCAGUAUGAUAUUGUGAUAAGUGAGGCUUUGAGGACCGACCCUCUUCAUCAGGAACUACUGGAGAAAGUGUCCACCAACCCCAACCUUAAGGAGAAGAUAGAAACCCGCUCAACAUCUCUGCAGGUGACUGUUUUGCAGUCAUUAUGUGACCCAUCCAGGGUAAUAUGUGUCGGAAACACGCACCUGUACUGGCAUCCUAAUGGAGGAAAUGUUCGGCUGGUACAGAUGGCUGUAGCCCUAAAACACAUCAAGCAGGUGGUUACAGAGAAUCAUCCUGGAGCUGCUGUGAUGUUCUCAGGUGAUUUUAACAGCACACCCUCCUCCGGACUCGUCCAGCUCGUGUGUCAGGGAUCCAUCACGGAGAACCACGAUGACUGGGCUUCCAACGGUCCAGAAGAACUGGUUCAGAUUGAACUGUUAAAUCCUUUCCAGCUCUUCAGCGCCUGUGACUUUCCAGUCUACACAAACUACGUCGGGGGCUUUCAGGGGUGUCUGGACUAUAUUUUCGUGGAGCCACACGUUCUGCAGGUGGAUCAGGUCAUUCCUCUGCCCAGUCAUCCAGAAGUCACGGCCUGUCAGGCGUUACCAAGCGUCUCGCAUCCUUCUGACCACAUCGCACUGAUCUGUGACCUCAAGUGGAAGUGAAUUACAUCUAAAUGUAUUGUGUGAUGAUGUCUACAGAAAAUGUUUUAUAAUCAAGAUCAUAUUGAUUUUAUCAAUUAAAUGAUUUUAGUUCUGUAUUUCUGUGUGAUAGAAACUAAUAUUUAUGAAGAGUAACUGUGUGGGUCAUUCAGCAAUAAACAAAUCUUAUUAAGAUAUUCAAUGCUA